UCCUAUCGUUAGAAUUUCAGUUCAAGCAAAUGGUAUCUCACGGGUGGAGGUCGUUGCGUCGAAUUUCACAAAUCAUGAAUGAAUUCUAAGUUCCGUCGCGCGUUUCUCAUAAAUCGGGGACGUUGUUAACGGCAGUAAGUCCUGCAUCGAUGGUUACCCACGUUUCGUGAAUUUCCGCGGUCCCCGGCCACGGAAAAUCGCUAAUUUCUCACUACGGUUUGCUAGCAUGUAAACAAACACUCGACUACGAAAUGUUGUCAGACAAUUUACACGCUUCUAAUACACCCGGCUUUACCGUGAACCUGUCAAUUACAAUCGUUCACUUGUGUCGGAGGCAGUAAUCGAGGAGACCAGCAGGCUUAAACACACUGUGAAUCUGUCGAAAAACUAGAUCGUUUCACCUAUCCUCCCUGUAGCAACUGCUUUACAUUAAAUCCACAAUUACCCGGUUGUGUUCUGUCGUAAUCUUCGCUAGAUCGUGUAGAGGCAAACUAUCGGCUUGUUAAAUGGCAAAUAAAAACGCAAGAUGCAUCACCUACGUUUACCUCUAUUGUCUACUAAUAACGACAUGUUUAUCCAACGAAUAGACUGUACAAUGAAUGAAGUAAGUGGAGGGAAGCAGGACAUACCGAACACCUCCGGUUGUGACAGUUUGUCUGGGCAGUCCGCGGCUUCUCUGUCCACCAUGCACCAUCAUCAUCAAUCAUUGCAACAGGAGACGGUACCGGCGGUCACGCAGGUGAUCGUUUCCUCACCUAUGAAGCUCCAGCCACCGGUGUUAAGCUCUGCGCAAGCUAUACCUGAACAGCCAGGUUUAAUUGUACAGGGUACACCGCCAGGAGCGUUCCCUGAGCCUGAACUCUCGCCAGAGCUCCAGCAACAGGGGUGGAAAAAGUUCUGGAGUAAACGUGAAAAUCGGCCGUACUUUUGGAAUAAAUUAACGGGAGAAUCGUUGUGGGUAGUACCGCCUUUGAAACCCCAGUUCGACCCGAUCACGGAUCCUCUCGGGAUUUGCGGCGUGCCGCCUGUUGCUGGUAACGGAGCGAUACCUCCUGGAGGAACUCUGAAACGAAGAGCAUCUGAGGACAGCGUGGUACCACCCGCGAAGAAAUUCGUAUUGGCAGGUCCGUGGGAUUUGGAGAUACCGACGAACGUGAUAAUAUACGAGAGAGCCCCGGCGAAUCUGCCACACGUUCACCCGGAAGCAGAAGCGUUGCGUUGCGUUCUCCUCGCUAAACUUCGACAAUGUUACCAAGAACUCUGCCACACGCGCGAAUCGAUAGACGCGCCGAAAGAUUCCUUCAACAGAUGGUUGAUGGAGAGGAAGGUGAUAGACUGCGGCUCGGACCCUCUCCUCCCGAGCCAGUGCUUCCCCGAAAUCUCUAUGUCGAUGUACCGCGAGAUAAUGAACGACAUACCCAUCAAACUGGUCCGGCCGAAGUUCACGGGAGACGCUAGGAAACAAUUGUCGAGAUACGCGGAGGCAGCGAAGAAAAUGAUAGAAUCUAGAGCAGCUUCUUCCGAGAGCCGGAAGGUCGUCAAGUGGAAUGCCGAGGACACGUUUCAGUGGCUUAGAAGAACCGUCGGCGCGACGUUCGACGAUUUCCAGGACCGCCUCGCGCAUCUCAAGCGGCAGUGUCAGCCGCAUCUCACGGAGACCGUGAAAGCGAGCGUCGAGGGUAUCUGCCUGAAGAUCUACCACUUGUCGACGGAGUACGCGAAGAAGGUGAAAGAUAAGAACAAUCAAAUAUUGAAAGACAACGGUUUGGGGAACGUGAUACCGUUAGGAGGUCCUGCCAGUGCGCAGAGGAAGGUUUGGUGCUACCCGGUGCAAUUCUCUCUUCCGACUCCUAGGCUUCCCCAGAUCGACUAUCUCCCGGAACGCGAACAGACGAUGCUGCGCUUUCAUGGCGACACGGUGUGCGUCAACAAUAUGCACCUCGCAAAACUGGAGCACCUGUAUAGAUACAAUUGCUUCGAUGAUAAGAAGUUCGAGAUGUUCCUACCGCGCGUUUGGUGCAUGUUGAAGCGUUAUCAAACGUACCUCGGGAUCGAGGGUCAGGCUACGCAGAUGGCUUUACCCGUGACGGUCUUCGAAUGCCUUCAGCGAUCGUUCGGCGUCACGUUCGAAUGCUUCGGGUCGCCGUUGAACUGCUACUUCAGACAAUACUGUUCAGCGUUCGCUGAUACGGAUUCAUAUUUUGGAUCGCGAGGUCCUUUCUUGGACUUCAGGCCUGUUAGCGGCUCGUUUCAAGCGAAUCCUCCUUAUUGCGAAGAACUUAUGGAAGCCAUGGUGAAUCAUUUCGAACGGCUUUUAGCUGAUUCGGCUGAGCCCCUGUCGUUUGUUGUGUUUCUGCCCGAAUGGAGGGACCCGGCGCCGAACGCUCUCAUUAAACUAGAGAGCAGCCACUUCAAGCGCAAACAAGUUGUAGUGCCUGCUAUGGAACAUGAGUACAGACACGGGUUUCAGCACAUAUUACCCAAGGGUGAAGUGAAUAUUAGGGCCGCACACGGGACGUUGGUCGUGUGGCUACAGAAUGCAGCUGGCACUGCUCGUUGGGGACCCACCGAGGAAAGAGUCGAGGCGUUAUUGGAAGCGUGGCGUCCAGGCCGAGAAAGGGAGAGAGACAGACAAGAACUCCUUUCGCCGCCGAGGCAAACCCAUCAGCAGAUAACCGCGACGCCUGUUCCCGUAAUAACGACGCCCGCGACGCCCACCACCCCUGUACCGUUGCAAACGUUGUCCACGCACCCGGUUUAAUUGGCGAACACCGCCCUUCUGGGAACAGGAAAUAGGAAACGCUGUCAGUCUAAUCGUUUUCACUUAGAAUCGUCUCCUCUAUGAAACUCGUUUACAGAGGACGCAUAAUUCGUCAAUUACUUAUGUUCGUUUCAUUCGGAGAAUACUUAGAAUAAUUUUGUUCGUUUCAGCUUUGGCAUUCUAAUUCGAUAACUCGGGAAGUUUCAUACUAAUGUUCGUUAUAAUUCCAUUGCCCGUUUCCACGAGAGAUGUUCGAAACUGUACGACGAGAAACAAAUUGUAUCUAUUAUUACAUACCUAGAGGUAUAAAAAAAAGAAAAACUAAUGUGAGAGAUCACGCUGCCUUGAGUCUAAUCUUUGUAAUAACGUUAAUUGUUAAUGAGAGGACUUCGCGGGGCGUGACAACCUUUAACAGAAUCGUACUUGCCGUGCAAGAGAAAAGAAAAGGAAAAAGGUGAAUCGGUACUAUGUUGAACUUAUUGUGGAGGUACGACAGCGUGUGUGGAUGUAUGAGCGAGUGUGUGUGUGUGUGCGCGCGUGAUUAAUUAAUUGAAUACAUAAUUAUAUUCGCUUGGUUUCCUCUGAUCGUACGAUAUUAGUUUAUACAUGGGAAUAAUUUAAAAGUAACAUCUCAUUUUUAUAACUUUUAUCCAUGACAAUCUUUCCGUUUUCUUUUAAACGAACAAACGAGCGGAGGACACGCUUUUCAUUUCUCGAAAAAUACGUCGUCAGUGCAAUAUUUUAUAUAAACGUUUAAUAGAAAACUUGUACGAGAAGGUAUAUAUGUACAGAAGAGAAAAGAUGAAAAAAUAUAUAUAUAUAUAUAUAAAUACCGGCUUCUUUCAUAGAAGACGUUUUUUGUUAUUUUUCGAGAAAUUUUUCCAUUUUAAAACGAAUCACCGAUUUAUAAAUUUAUACCAAAUGAUUCUGUUCGAAAAAUACUGCUACCCCUUUCGUAAACUAUUCGAUUGAAGAUACGUGUGUGUACAUAUAUACAUAUAUAUAUAUAUAUAUAGAUACAUAUUAAUUAAAGAAUCAAAUUAACAACUGCGGAAUCAUUGCUCUCGCAUGGGAGACACUCCCUUCAAUUUCUAAUCGUACACAAACGUAGCGAUGCUUCGUCACUUAACUGCUUAUAGAAGGCUCGAUUUUUAAUCAACAUCGAUCGGAUUGUAAUUUAGACUGCGGAUAUUUUUAUUCAAAUCUGAGAACAUACGGAAUUUAAUCGAUAAAAAAAUCCAAUGUCUAAUUCGCGAUUAUAAUACACACGCAUCUCGCAAUGUUUUAUUUAAUUUGUAAUCAGAAUUCGCAGCGUACGCAUUUUUUUUUUAUCAAACAUUUUUUACAGUUAAUCAUUUGCGUUUACGGAUGAUGUACACAUACUAAUAUCUAUACAUAUCCAAUUUGUAUAUUUUUAUCGAUAAUAAAUUGUACAUAAUUGUACAUAGUAGAUUAUAUAAAUAUAUAAUAAGUAGGUGUUAAGAUACAGAGGCACAUAUAUAUGUAUAUAUAUAUACAUACAUACAUACAUACAACACAUACGUGUAUAUGUAUAUAAUUUGUAUGACGUAAGACAAUAUAAAAGAAGGUUUAAGGGCACUUAUUAUUUUAGUACUUAAACUCCCAUGAAUGAAACAGAGUGUAUCGUUGUUGAGAUGAAAUUAUAGGUUCAACGUGUAGAGUUUAACAAGCAUUUUAUAAAGCAACUUUACUAUACUGUUGAAUUAGAACGAUAUAUGUAUAUAUGUGUAUAAUAUAUAGAAUAUAUACUACUUCAAUGAAUUAUGGCAUCAUGAAAUGUUUGCUGGAAAUUGCUGAAGUUUGGAAAAUUAUUACUUAGUCAGAAAUUAUUGUAGGGCGAUGAUUUUUCUUUUAAACAGCUUGAAUCCUUCACUUUAAAAUGAUAUUCAGAGAUCUUUAAUUUA